UUCAAGUCUCAUGCAAAACAUUACCAUAGCCAUGGUGGAAAUGUAGAUGAAAAUCACGCGGAUGAGAAGGCUGAAGAAAGUGCUCAUUUGGAUGCUACAUUGAAGGGUCUGACUGCACUUGGGGGUCUCUAUUUCAUGUUUUUGGUGGAGCAUUUGAUUACCUUGAUCAAACAAUAUAAAGACAAGAAGCAAAAGAAUCAGAAGAAAGCUGAAAAUGAAGAGGAAUUAGAAGUUAAGAAGCAGUUGUCAAAUCAUUCACAUACGGAAGAAAAAGAGACGUCAGAAGUAGAUUUCCGUCAUGAAGGCUAUGUAGAGGGUCAAGUACAAGAUGCGUCUCAACAGCCAACUGCACCAGAGGAAGAAGAGGAGAUAAUGAUUGCUCAGUCUCAUGAUGAAACUAGUUACAGGGAGUACGUCUCCAGAGGAUGUGAAAACAAGUGUCAUUCUCACUUUCAUGAUACACUUGGACAAUCUGAUGACCUUAUACAUCAUCAUCAUGACUACCACCAUAUCUUACAUCAUCAUCAUCAUCAGAAUCACCAUCCACAUAGCCAUUCUCAGCGCUACUCCCGGGAGGAGCUAAAAGAUGCUGGAAUUGCCACCUUGGCUUGGAUGGUAAUAAUGGGUGAUGGACUGCACAACUUCAGUGAUGGUAUAGCUAUUGGAGCCGCCUUUACUGAAGGCUUAUCCAGUGGAUUAAGUACGUCUGUAGCGGUUUUCUGUCAUGAACUACCACAUGAAUUGGGGGAUUUUGCCAUCCUUCUGAAAGCUGGAAUGACUGUAAAACAAGCUGUGUUAUACAACGUUCUAUCUGCUAUGCUCUCGUACCUGGGUAUGAUAACUGGGAUUCUUAUAGGCCACUAUGCAGAGAAUGUUUCAAUGUGGAUCUUUGCUCUAACAGCAGGGUUAUUCAUGUAUGUGGCUUUUGUUGAUAUGGUACCCGAGAUGUUGCACAAUGAUGCGAGCGACCAUGGCUGUAGCCGGUGGGGAUAUUUUCUCCUGCAGAAUGCUGGAAUUCUUUUAGGAUUUUCCAUCAUGCUGGUUAUUUCUAUAUUCGAACGUAUUAAUUUCACUGUUAACCUAUAACUAUAGGUUGCCUGUGGUCAUCAAAUGUAGGCAGCAAACUAAGUUAUUUUUUAUUUUUGUUUAUUUUUUUUUUAUGCAGUAAGCAUAUCUAUUUUUAUACUAAUUGUAAAAAGAGACUGCACUUGGUGGCUUUGGAGAAGAUGCAGUAAGACUGCAACGGUCAUUAGCAAACAAACAAACUGUUUGUGCCAAAGUCAUAUAUUUUUUUUUUUCUUUUCUCAUUUACCAUUUUUUU